ACACUUCCUUGUAGUUUUCUUUAAGCCUAGAUUAUGCUAGGUCGCUUGUAGGGGAAAUAACGCUUUUUCUUUACGUGACGAUUCAUGCCAUGUUAAGAAAUAUUUUCUAAUAAAUACGAAUAUUUGCUGCAGAUAUCCAACCUCAUUUUGAACUAGAUUCUACAUUUUCAGUACUCAAUAGUUUCAUACACCUACAUAAUUCAAAAUAAGUGGUUUUAUCGCAUCGAAAAAUAUAUGAUGGACAAUUUCCGUCAGAUUUCUUCAAGAGGGACGACCAUCAAGAAGAGUAUCAUGAAGAUAAUGAAAAGAGGCAAAUACAUCGGCUUCAUGCAGAUCAUUUUGACUUUCAUGGGUACUAUAGCGAUCCUUCCUAUAAAUUCAGAUAGAACUGGAAUUUUGUACAUUAUAAUGAUGAUAAGGAGAGCGAAUGUACCACAAGCUAUCGAAAUCGUCAAUUACAUUCAUUUUGCUUUGGUGCAUUAUUUUGGUUUUCAAGUUACUUAUUGCUAUUCGAAUACAAUGCUUUAUUUCGUUCUUCACCUUCAUAUCCAAUAUGUGUUAUUGAUAGAAGACUGCAGGCGAUUGGAAACUGAUUUGGACCUAUCCAAAUUUUCUGAUGGAGACCUGGACCAAUAUCAUGCAAUAAUCGAGAAAAGGUUAUCUUCCAUACUGAGUUAUUACCAUAUUAUAGACAGAUAUCAAGUUUUCAUUGCAGACCUCUUCAGGCGACCCAUGUUUUUCGUAGUUUGGUUUGGACUCUUUACUCUGAUGUUCACCAGUUAUUUAUUACUUAAAGUUGAUUUAGGACCAGAUGUGUUAUUAGUUUUUAUAGUUUGGAUAUCCAUAAUCGAAGUAGCAUUGCACUUUGUUGUGUAUGGACAAAUUUACGUUGAUCAAAGAGAUGCAUUAUGGAGUGUUCUUACGGAUUUCCAAUGGUUCAACUGGAACAAUAGGAACAAAAGAACUUAUCAAAUGUUUCUCAAUCACGUGAACAAAGCGAGAGUCAUUAUAGCAGGAGGACUUAUUCCAUUUGACGCAACUUUUCUUAUAUGGUUUGGAAGGAAAACAGUUUCUACAGUUGCAUUUCUAUCUACCAUGGAAGAAAUAAAUAGUUCAAAAUGAAUCCUCUUAAGUUUCAUAUAACUCACAUAAAUCGCUUCAGGAUUGUUAUCUAUCAGAAACUUUGAAGCAAAUCUUUGAUCUGCCGAUCCUGCUACACAUAAUAACCUCUGGACCAAUCUCUCGCCAACGUUUU